GGGCAGAGAGAGGCGACGGGGUCCCGGGAGGGGCGCGGGAGGGAUGGGAGCAGAGGAAGGUCACGUGGCGCCGGGUACCAGGCCGCGGCGCCCAGGCCGAGGCAGGACGCCGUGAGCCGCGCCCCAACCUGGCCGCUGACGUCACGACGCCGAGGCGGACGCCGGGCCAAUGGGAGGCCGUCGCGGGAAAGGGGCGGGGCCCGAGGAGUUGGGCUGGGCCGCGCCGAGACGGUUGGCCGAGUCUUGUGUGGCCGCCGCGGGAGGACGAGAGCCGAGCGGGCGGCUGCGGACGCCGGCCUGCCCUGCGCCUCCCGCAUGAAAGGAUCUACACCACUGGCCCCAGUUCAUACCAAUAAAGAAGAUCCAGCUGCUCAGACUAACUUGGGGUUUAUCCAUGCAUUUGUUGCUGCCAUAUCAGUUAUCAUUGUAUCGGAACUGGGUGAUAAGACAUUUUUUAUAGCAGCCAUCAUGGCGAUGCGCUAUAACCGGUUGACCGUGUUGGCUGGCGCGAUGCUCGCCUUGGGCCUGAUGACGUGCUUAUCAGUCCAGUUUCAACGAACCAAACUCUUAAAUGGACCAGGAGAUGUUGAAACGGGUACAAGCACGACAAUACCUCAGAAAAAGUGGCUGCAUUUUAUUUCACCCAUUUUUGUUCAAGCACUUACGUUAACAUUCUUAGCAGAAUGGGGCGAUCGCUCUCAACUAACUACAAUUGUUUUGGCAGCUAGAGAGGACCCCUACGGAGUGGCAGUGGGUGGAACCGUGGGACACUGUUUAUGCACUGGACUGGCGGUGAUUGGAGGAAGAAUGAUAGCACAAAAAAUCUCUGUCAGAACUGUGACAAUCAUAGGAGGCAUCGUUUUUUUGGCAUUUGCAUUUUCUGCAUUAUUUAUAAGUCCUGAUUCUGGUUUUUAACAAGCUAUUCAUCUGUAUUUAGUUAAGAUAGGUAACUGUACAUAGUGUACAUUACAACUAAAAGUGAUGGAAACACUGUAUUUUGUAGCAUUGGUUUGUGAGUUUGACCCAUUUAAUGAAAGUAUCAUGUCUAAAGAGAUAAUCAUUGAUUCUAUUUGUAACAUGAGUUUUUAAAAGAAAUCUGACUUCUAAGUGGAUUUUUCUUCUCUCUGCAUAAUUAUGAUAAAGAUAUGAUAAUACCGUCCCCAUUUCUGUUUUGGUACAUACAGAACCAUUGUGCAGUGGGGUCUGUCACUCGACUUUCUUUCAGCACUUGACCCACUUUAUAAGGAAUAUAAAUUUUCUCCUUGAUCACUUAGGUAUUUUAAGAUGUUAACGUUUUUCUUGGGGAAAGAAUGAAUUAACUUCUAUUGUUAAAACAUCUCCCUGAGCCAGUAAACAGUAAUUUAAUCAGUCUUUUCAAAAUUAGGUUCUUUGUUUUUAAAAAAGGGGGGAUAAAUAUGAUAUUACUGUUAAUAUCAAUAGUAUGACACAACAAGAACUGUCUGCAAGGUCCAUUCUUCCUCUUUUUUAAUUGGGUAGGACACCCAAUAUAAAAACAGUCAAUAUUUGACAAUGUGGAAUUACCAAAUUAAAAGAAUACUAUGAAUGUAUUCAUAUUUUUUCAAUGUAACAUAGAUACGAUGUAAAUAAAAGUGGUAUGACCAGUG